CACACAAAGAAACUCACUGUAAAAUUCACACAUGCGUCUUCCACUCUGUCAGACUACAAAAACAACAGCAACAAACCGUUGGUGAAAGAUGAACAAUGCACAUCAAGUGACAGUUAAAGAGCAAGAAAACAUAUGUGACAACACUAAAGACGUCACGCACAUUUUUCAAGUGAACUUCUUCGCUAUGUGUCUUUUAAACACUUUUCCAUGGGAUUUAUUAGACAGGGAACUUAAAACAUCAAAGACUUCGGACAUAAUUUUGAAGAUUCUUGAGAAGACGUGUUUAAAUCCAAUUUGUCGCAAGAAUCCCCCCUCCGUGAAAUAUAGGAGACGCUUCCUAACCGAAUUAAUUAAAAGGCAUGAGAUGUUGGAGGCGGAGCCAUUGGAUAUACUGUACGAAGCGCUGGGUGACGUCAUGAUCGCACAGGAGGGGGACACGUGCUACAAAACCUACUUAUUGCCAACAGGAGAUGCUUUUAGUCUAGCAGAAAAUGUGGCUCUCAUCUCUGAAGGCACAACAGGUCUGGUUACCUGGGAAGCUGCAUUGUACCUGGCUGAAUGGGCUCUGGAAAACGCUCACGUCUUUAAAAACAAGACUGUUCUCGAAUUGGGCAGCGGGGUCGGACUCACUGGCAUUGUAGUGUGUCGAUCGUCCAGCCCAACCAAAUACAUCUUCAGUGACUGCCAUCAGACUGUGCUCCAAAGAUUGAGAGGCAAUGUCGCAAACUGCUUAACUGACUGUCACAGUAACAGCGUGUCAGUGUGUGUGGAGCAAGUGGACUGGCAAAAUGUUUCGGACGAGCAGCUGCAAAGAAUUCAAGCCAACACCAUCAUUGCCGCAGAUGUGGUUUAUGAUCCUGAUAUCAUUAGCUGUCUGGUGAGACUCCUAGCGAGACUUCUGAACUGCAAUUUUCAAGAAAGCAAUCCUGAUGUUUACAUUGCAUCUACUGUACGCAACCCAGAGACAUAUGACUGCUUCAAGACAGAACUAGAAAAGGCUGGAUUGAGACAUGACAUUAUUACAGAUUUUGUUACCCAAGUAUUCCCUUACAACAGAGUCUCCACUAUAGAAGUCAUUAAAAUACACGUAUGACAAAACAGUCCAAGAUCAUUUUGUAAUAAAAUAUUUAUUUACAUAUUUA